AUGGCUCUAAUAUGCCGAAACCUGUUAAAACAAUGUUUCAACAAACAAAUACAGGCUUAUAGUACACUUAGCGAGAGAUCGAAAGCUCAUCUAAAAUAUUGCUUACUUCCUGACAAAUCAUUUCUUCAAAUUCGGGGACCCGAUACUGUUAAGUUCCUGAAUGGUUUAGUGAUGGCAAAGCUUUUACCCACGUAUGUUCAAAAGAACCUCACCACAAUAGUGCCUGAUGAAAGUCGGACGAAUAACAUCUCAGUUGAGAAUUUUGACAUGAGCCACGGUAAUUGGGGACUAUAUAAUGAGCACGGCGAAGGUGGUGGUCCUUACAUAUCGAGAUUUGGGACAUACACGGGUUUUCUGAAUAGCAAGGGUAAGCUUAUCACAGAUACCAUAAUCUAUCCCACCCCAACGUGGUUGGACAGCGUUUAUGAUAAGAAGUUUCCUGAGUAUCUGCUAGAACUAGACAGCAAAAUCGUCAAACACAUGUAUGACAUUUUUGAGACGCAUAAACUAAUCAGCAAAGUAAAAUUCAAGGAAGUUGGUGGGGAAAAGUUAAAGUCUUGGCAUAUUUCGAUUCAGUUUCCGUCUCUGCCUGAGGGCAUCCAAAACCCAUGGAUUGACAAUCUGAUAUUACCAUCAGAAAGCUCCAAAGAACCAAAUACUUCCCUCGAGUUUUCGAAGCAUAUACUAUCACUUCUUUUCAGCGGUAAUGAGCAUAAGAUUCUCGGAAUUUAUUUGGAUCGGCGGAUAACUGAAGCCAUCUUUAGAAAUAACGAGGAACCGGAAGUUUUCCGAAUUAUCACCACCUCCGAAGUUUCCGAUAUAAGUGAUUUAUUUAAUCCACAGGGAUUCCCUUUUGAAUUUGUUCAUGAACAAAUUGAUUUCCAAGAAGUACGGAAUGAGAGGUUCCAGUUUGGAAUCGUCGACAGUUUAUCAGAUUUUAAGCAGGAAGCCAUGCUUCCACUCGAAAUAAAUUUCGACUACAUACCUGGUGCCGUUAGCUUUGAUAAAGGAUGUUAUGUUGGCCAGGAAUUAACAGCAAGAACCUAUUCUACAGGUGUCCUGAGGAAAAGGGCAAUACCUGUGAAAAUAGGGAAUCCUGAUCUCUUGAAAAGUUUGCAUGCUGAUAAGUAUCCUAAAAUUCUGUCUUCGAUUGCACUGGAUACCGAUUCAAGCGACCGUCCCGCAUUUUCACCUUUUGGAACUGCUACGAAAACGAUCAAAAACAAAAGACAGAGGCCUGCAGGAACAUUAAUAUGCUUCGAGGCCGAUUAUGGAGUUGCGUUAUUUCGUACCGAUUAUUUGAAAGAAGCAUUCAAAAAAAACACUAAAGGUAUGUUUUAUGUAAGUAUACCUGACAGUGAACAGAAGAUUAUAAUCGAGCCACAGGAACCCCUGUGGUUUAACGAAUGGCAAGAAGAUCAGGACAAAUGA